GUGUAGAAGUAAAAGAAUCCAAUUCACAUCCAUAUAUCUGUAGUAUGCAAAGGAUUUGGUAGGAUAAUGUACAAGUACAAUUAAGUGUUCUGUAAGAAUGUCUGGGACUGAUUUUAUUGGCAAAGUUUGUUCCAUUGACGGGAACAACUUUUGUGCCGACUGUGGUAGCAGGGCGCCGAGAUGGGCAAGCGUAAAUUUGGGUGUACUACUCUGUAUAAAUUGCUCUGGGAUUCAUAGAACUCUGGGUGUACAUCUGUCCCAAGUAAAAUCUCUCACACUAGAUAACCUCAAGCCUGAGUGGAUAAAGGUUCUUAUGAGUAUUGGAAAUGAAGUUGCUAACGCGUACUACCUCCACAAAUUACCCCCAAAUAUACCGAAAUAUCAUGUAACUACGGCACCAAGCGAUAUGGAAGUGUGGAUAAGAAAUAAGUAUGAGAAACGUAUAUACUCUAUGGAUGGAAUAGAAGAACCGUGUACAUUAUUAGCAAAGGGAUAUAAUCCACGUGAUAUUAUACUAAAUAAAUCGGCUAAUUUUUCUAGGGCACCAAUGGCAGCUCAAACGAGGCCACAUCAAGCAGAUGAUAAAAGUCGACAAACAAAUAUUUUCGAUUUUGAUAACCAAGUUAAUCCAGUCCUUAAUCAAUCGGGAAACGCAGGAAGUUAUGGAUUACCCGGGGACUUCAAUCCGUUUUCUAACGAAACCUCGCAGAAAGUUACUGAUGAGUACUGGCCAAGUGGACCUGGCAACAACAAAAAUACAGUGAAACCGCCUAGGGGUGCACCAAAUUCAUCGUCACCACACAUGGAUAUCACAGAUCCAGAUAAAUUACGCGAUGCAAAAAUUGAUGCAGCUAAACAUUCCAUCGCUAAAUUAUUCCAAAAUCCAUCCCAAAUAGGGUUCAAAAAUAGUUCGUACCAACAAACUGUAAGCAUUAUACACCCGCAAAAAAUUCGUUUUCAGAAACCAAAUUGUGUUAGCGAUGGUACUUUAGAUUUCGAUCUCAGUGAAAUUAAAGAAAAAUUAGCAAACUUCAACAAAAACCUCUAA